AUGUAUUCAUUAACAGGCAGACUAAACACAAUUGCCUUCAACACUUUAAUAAUGCUGGCUGUUCUUUCAGCUCUCAACUACUUUAGUGUUUACUUUGAUGACAAGAGGCCAAUCAUUUUGAAGGAAUUUACAGUCAAUAAUUUCGAUGUGUUUGUAAAGGAUAACUUUAUCAAUGAAGAUGCAUUGAGUUUUUCAUUUGACUUUAAAGCAGAUCUGAGACCUCUAUUCAACUGGAACACAAAUUUAAUAUUCACAUACAUUACAUGCGAGUAUAACACAACUAAGAGCACCUUUAAUCAUAUCACUAUUUGGGAUUAAAGAACUCUCAGAUUUGAGACUUAAGACCACGUUUUAAACUUGAAAAAUGAAUACCCUGAGUAUUAUCUCACAGAUAUCAAUAAAGAUUUAAGAGAUCAAGAGAUUAAAUGCUAUCUUAACUGGGAAUAAAUGCCUAUUGUAGGAGCCAACUACGCAAAGAAGGUAGAGAUCGGUUCAUUUAGAGCUCCAAAGAAUUAUGUCUCCAAGUCGAGAAGAAAGUAUCACCCAGGUCCAGAAAACAGAGAGUUCAAUUAUUGA